UUCCAAUAGGAGGUGCUCAUGAGGAUAAAAAUAUAAAAAUAAAACUGAAUCAUGUUAGAGAUCGAGUAUAUGGAUUGAACUUCUCUUACACCAACAAUUCUCCAUUGAAGGCCAAGAUGAGCCGUAGCUGCAACACAUUUCUUCAUACUUUGGAAUCGAAGAGCGUUGCACAGGUUGCACGAGAAAUGGAGGAAGACACAGGUGAAACCCCGAACUGAGACGAUAUGUUCAUUGUCUCGCAUACCAAGAAAGAUGGGACCCCUGUGAAUGUAACGGCUGGGGAAGCUAUGGCGAAGAUAAAGGCAAUUAUCGAAAAUCAGUCGCCUUCAGGACGAGAAAGUUCACAGGGGUCGGUAUAUUGGUCGCACAACGAUGCGUGCGCACAAGUGCUAGGACGGGAACAUUCCGGACGUGUACGAGGGGUGGGGCUAGGGCCGACUCCCGGUAAAUCCUCCUCUUAUUCCUUCGAACAAGGAUCAAUAUCUAGUGCGCCUACUUCCAGAGAAAUAGAGAUGGCUGCUGAGGUAGAACGCUUGGGGAAUUUGUGCGAAGAGCAAAACACUAAAUAUGCAGCGCAACAGCAAGAGUUGGAAAGUGUCAAACGUAUGGUAGCCAUGAUUAUGACGGGAAAAGUACCAUCAACAGAAAACAACCAAGAAGGUGAUGUCUAGUUGUCUAGGUAUUUGGACUUGAUUUUUGUUGUUCUUGUAAUUGAAUUUAACUUAUGAUAUGUAAGCUAGUACGUAUAGACUGUU